AUGGUAUUUGACGCUAGCGCAAAGGCAAACGCAGCAAGUCUUUCGCUCAACGACGUUCUUCAAGUGGGUGCAUCGGUACAGAAGGAACUGUAUGACGUUAUGCUACGGUUCUGUAAGUAUAAAAUUGCAUUCACCGCCGACGUACCAAAGAUGUAUCGCCAGAUCAUCAUGGAUCCCCGAGACACGCAUUUUCUUCGAGUUUUUUGGUGCAAGCAACCAUCCGACCGCCUUCGUGUCCUGGAGCUUACCACGGUAACAUACGGGACAGCCUCCGCACUAUUCCAGGCAACCCGCUGUUUGCAACAACUAGCCGAAGACGAAUCAACAGACUACCCUAUCGGAGCCCAUAUCGUGAAGGAAGAUGCCCUUUCGGGCGCAGACUCGCUUCCAGCUGCUGUUGAAGCAGUGAAGCAGGUGAAGGGCAUCAUGCAGAAAGGAGGUUUUUCGCUACACAAGUGGUGUUCCAACUCAAACGAGUUACUGGAACACAUUCCGACAGCUGAACAGGAACAGCCAGCCACUUUGGAAGAGUAUGGACCGAAUGGAGUAAUAAAGGUACUUGGCCUACUGUGGGUCCCGAAAGCCGACAUUUUCCAAAUUGCCAGGCCAGUUCAACGCAGUUUGAAGCAGCCCGUCACGGAAAGGAUCAUUUAUUCCAAGGUGGCAAGACUGUUUGAUCCGUUAGGUCUUGUGUCACCAGUCAUCGUUGUUGCCAAGCUACUUGUGCAGCGGCUCUGGUAA